UCUUAGGCGUAAGAUGCCUAAUGCCAAUACAGUGGCCUUUGAAGGCAUUCUCCUCUGGAGCUUGAAUAAGACGAGAGAAUACCUAGAUGAUAUGGAUGAGGACACAAGAAAUAAAUUCCUAGGUGAUGCGCGCAAGCAUCGAAGCUCAUUUUUUAAAUUAUAUCAGCGCAAGAGUGCUGCAAUAAAAAAAACUGUUGCUGAUAAAUUGAAAAUGAAUCAAGAAAAAAAGGAAGCCAGACAGCGCUUCCUUACGAAACAAGCAGUUGAAAACACUGGAAAUGCUUUGAAGGUCUGCGGCAUCCUGUUCAACUCCCCAAAAGAUGUAGACCAUUUGAAAGACAAACAUAAGGGAAAGGAUCUUGAACAAGCCUUGACAACCCAAAUAAAGCAUUGGAAGAGUGCCAGCAAAGGAGGAGUUCAAAAAGACCUCUUCUAUCUCACCAACAAAGGAAAGAAACUAAGUGUAGAUCAGCUGGAAAGUAACUUGAGAAAUAUUAUUAAACAGAUAAUAACACAAGAUAUCCCAGAUGAAGACGCAGGCACCUCACAGAGUUCUUCAUCACAUGAACACAUAGACAAAGAGCAGCAGAAAAGUGAACUGAAAAAGAAACUUCUAUCCAAGUUGUCUCCCACCAAAAAGAGAUGUAAAGGUCCAUUUCCAGGGGAUCGGAUAAUCCAAAAAAGAAUACGCCAUAUGUUCCUAGAGUCUAAAGGGGGAGAUUUAGUCGAGUAUAAGGCCAUUGUCCUAAGGAAAGCAACAGAAGCAGACAUUGAUGAAUUGGUCGAACCGGGUGAUAGAAAAUACAUUGGGGUGCACACAUUUUAUACCAUUAUGUACGACCCUCCAUAUCAGGAAAUGCUAUGUUAUCCACUGGAAAAGGAAUGGGAUGAGGGCACACUAGAUUUAAUGUAAAUCAUCUUAUAACACAACAUCUCCCUGUAAGGCACAUGUAGUUUACACACAACAGUAUAAAAGGUGAUCAUGAUGCAUUUAAAGUAACAUAGUGUACACUUUACUCCAUGUUUACAAUUUUUUAUUUAUUUUUCUUCUUUAAAAAUUUCACAAUAAUUAGUCAGUUGUGAACAUUAUCUACACUCAGAAAAGAAAUUAUGUAUCUACAUACUUUCUUGAUAUGGAGGUUGUACAUAAUGGUAUAAAAUGUACAUGAACUUUAGGUAAUAUGAUCCCACUAUAAAUCUAAUCUCAUGAAAAGGAAAGAUAUAUUUUUGUUUAUCUGGUUUGCAGUUGUGGUGGAUCUGAAAAGAACCCUUGGUGUUUGCAACUCAACAUUUUGAUCAAUAUGCUCUGAUUGUCUUCAGGAGAAAGACGAUCAGCUCAAGUUGUAACACCAACCUCUCAUUUUAGAACCAUCACAUCUCAUAAAAUUUAUUAUUAGACACAUAAACACGUGGUGCUACUGCAAAACCAUGUAAGAUGCUAAUUGACAUAAUUAUUUGCAAAUUGUUGACGUUUCUCAUUCUCUGUAUGAGAUGCACCAGUAUAAUGGUCUGGUUUGCAGUUGUGUGGAAUUCUCAGAAUGAUGUAUGAAACCAUGUAAAUAACUACAAUGUACUGUAAAAUAACAAACUUUCAUUGUGCCAAGUUUCAUGGUUGUAGGUGCUUGCGUUAACCCAGGAGAGUCUCACGCAUUUUUAAUAAGGUAAUUUUGCGUACAAAAUGAAUAAUUAAUUAGGCUUAUUUGCAUAAUGGCGUGUAAAACUUUGAAAUAUACACUUUAAAAAAAAUGUCUAUACACAAACAAGAAUUGUGCCAAGUUUCAUAGCUGUAACUACUUUAGUUACCCCAGGAGAGCCUUACGCAUAUUUAAUUAGGUAAUUUUGCAUACAAAAUGAAUAAUUAAUUAGGCUAAUUUGCAUAAUGGCGUGUAAAACUUUGAAAUAUACACUUUAAAAAAAAUGUCUAUACACAAACAAGAAUUGUGCCAAGUUUCAUAGCUGUAACUACUUUAGUUACCCCAGGAGAGCCUCACGCAUAUUUAAUUAGCUGGACUUAGUCAUUUUUGGAACAUUUUGGGGUUUCCCGUUAUGGAAUUUUGGAUAAUGUGCCAUUUUUGGUGACCGUAAAAAAAAAAAUUCAAUGUAAUAGAACCUCCAUUUCUCUUUUGCAAGUAGGUUUGACCUGUGUACUAUAAGAAAAGAAACACUAACAGGGUUUAAAAUUGAGAAAAAACAAUGAAAACUUAAAGGAAAAACUGAAAAGAAAGCAUUUUCCACUUUUUGCCCGUAAAUGGUUAAAACAGGUGCUUUAAACAAUAAACAAAAAUUUGCAUAAAAAGAGAAUCGAAUGUCGGAUUUCAAUUUGCUUUUCAGUUCUUUGUUUCUUUUAUCAAGCUAAAACAUAUGAGACAAACUUUGAAGGCAUUGGCAGAACUUUGAAAAAUAGUGUGAUCUGCCUACACGGUACUAGUAGAGCCUGCCCUGUGCUGUGUGUGAGUGAGUCACUGACACUGAGUGUGAAGCCGAAGGGACUGAAAAAGGUCUGUGGUGAGUGUGAGUGUGACAGAUUUCAUCUCUUGCAGUUGCAGGCAACAAACUCUUUGAAAACCACCAAUCUGAAUAAGGAAGAUUCCUAUGGCUAGAUCACAGAGACGUCGCCGUCUCUAUUUUAAGAAACAUCGAAGGCGUCGGCAUCACCCAUAUCAUCCAAGAAACUGCAAUCUCGAAGGACAGCAACAGCUAAACUCUUCCAGUGACAGCAUGAUGGAUUGUACAUCUGACCAUGAUGAUGGGACGACUCUUUCUCCUUUGCCUCUGCUAAGCAUCGACAUUACAACAUGGCUGCCUCUGCCGGAAGUCUCACUACUUGGGCCUUUAAGAUGGUGCACUGACAGAGUCAACCAAAGUCUUGACUGGAUGAAGGAUACAAUAUUCCCAUCCAGGGUGUAUCACAGAGAACUUAAAGAGACCAAAGAACAACUACUGCUGUUACAGGGACAGAUAGAACAACUCAAAGCACAUACAACCAAGGCCAGGAAAGUUGAUCCGACUGUGAAUGUGAUCGUGAAGUGUAACUGCCAACAAUCCUUACCACUACCAGCAUCCAGCACUACACCACGCCCAAUCCAGCAUUCCGAAAGACUCAUCACCAACCCAUCGCCAGUGUCGACUAGUAGUAGCAAUAUGAAGGCAGUGACGAGGACGACUAGUAACUGUCUACCAGCUGUACCCCCUAUUCCUCUCCCUCCAGCUCCGCCUCCCCCUCCACCCCCACCACCGCCACCCAUAUCGCAGCCACAGAAGAAGCUUGUAUUCAAGAAGAAAAAAACAGACAAGAUUCUGGAUGAAGGCAAUAAGAUUAAUCAGCGAGCUAUGGUGACAUUAUCCGAUAUCAUGAACGUCAAAUUGAAGAAGGUCUCGGAAGAUAAUCCUAAGACAAAAUCUGGCUCGGCUGUCAUCCAACUGGCAGAUAUCAAGAACGUACAGCUCAAAAAGACGUUCAGAGAGAAAAAGGUGGUAUCAGGGGGUCUAUGUAUAGUCAGCAAUGAUGACCUGACAGCUGUUAAACUAAGAAAGCGUCACGUCUCUCAGCUCCUUCAUGAUGAGAAUGCUAACCCCAUGGUGCUACGGAGCAGGAUUUCCCACGAGGCAGUGCAGUUCCGAAAAAGUCUGCGCAAAGUGGUGAGCGUCACGCGUAGUCCGGGAGGAACGCCGAUGAAGAGAGGACGACCCGAGAGUCAUGGGACGGGACUAACACCACUCAUGACUACUGCUUUACGUAGGAAAUUCAAGAUGGUCAGAUCACCAUCUCUGUCCCCAAAGGCCUUGUCAACUUUCAGUCCCAACUAAAUGACUUCUCAUGAGAGGGUAAGAUCUUCUGCUAUGGUCUCACCGAGAGUGUUUGGGCCCAAUCUCACAGCGCUGGUUAGUGCAGAAUUCUGCGCUUGUAGAGGGUUGACUUGACAGUCUCUAUGCAUACUAUUGUAUACUACCGUUAUAUAGUCAAGACUAUUAGAAUAAACUACAUGUAUGUUAACCUUAAAUUGGAAUCCACAAAGGAAGUUGAGCAUGCACUUAGUUUUCUUGGGAACCUUGGUGUUCUCGGAGACGUUGCUUUAACUUGUGAAAGAAACAAAAUGGUGCUUGCACAGUCUUGUGAGCAAUUACAUCAUUAAGCAGGGAUAGGGGCAAUCUGUUUUAACCACUGAUGUGUCGUUUUUUAUAAAAAACAAUUUCAGUGUAACAAGUUCUCAAAAUUAUCCAGAAAACAGAUUUCUGAUCUGUGCUCAAUAAAAAAAAAAAAA